ACACUUUAAUGGGAAGACGAAGACGACGAAACUUGUUAGAUUGCUUUGCCGCAAGAUGCAUACGACUCUUAUAUCACGAGGCCUGAUCCUGUUCUGCGAUUAUUGGCUUACGAUUCGAUGAGGGAUGACGAGAUGACACUCAACCGAGAGAAUCUACAAAUUGUGUCGGCGGAAAGCAAUAUAAAACCAAUCAUCAACACCUGGAUGGCUACGAAGGACGACAACAAAACGGGAUUCGGAUGUCUUUGUGUGCCCAUGGCAAGAGAAAUGACUCACCAGCAUUCGCAUUUAACCUUUUACUUAUCUCCUUCUAUCUACUUGUUUGUCACUUUGUAUAUGGGGCAAUUUGCAUCAUUUAAUGUUUUUAUUUCUCUGUCAGACGUGUCCAAUGUGCUUUUGUUCUCUCAUCUCCUCUAAUCAUGUUUUUUAUGGAGCCCCUGUGAUAGUGGGUUAGAGUGGAGGAAUUGACGGAACGUUGUCGGCAUACCACAUCGUAUGCAAUGUGGCUGUUGCCGAGGACGGGUCAUUCAUUCUCUUUACAAUUUUUCAAUUCCCUGACCUGCAGGUGUAAUUCAA